UUCCCAAAGAUCAAAAUUCGCGAACUUAAGGAAGACUACGCGAAGUUCGAGCUUCGCGACACCGACGCCUUCAUAGCCAACGCGCUCUACCGCGUUAUGAUCGCUGAGGUCCCCACCAUCGCAAUCGACCUCAUCAAAUUCAAAGGCAACUCAUCCAUCCUCAACGACCAGUUGAUUGCCCAUCAGCUCAGCCUCAUUCCACUCACCAGCGAGCGCGCCAUGUCGAUGCAAUUCUCCCGUGACUGCGAUGCAUGCGACAGUGACGGGCAGUUUGAGUUCUGCUCCGUCGAGUUCCAUCUUCGUGCCAAAUGCAUGAACGAUCAGACCCUCGAUGUCACUAGCAACGAUCUCUACAGUUAUGAUCAUAUGGUUGUUCCCGUUAAUUUUACUGAUUCUGCUGGCUACAAUUUUUCUAAGCAAAGAUUCAUAGUGAAACUGCGGCGCGGGCAAGGGUUGAGGCUAGGGGCAAUUACAAGGAAAAGGAUAAGGAAAGAUCAUGUAAAAUGGUCACCUGCUGCAACUACGACUUUCAUUUAUAAACCCGAGAUUCAUAUCAAUGAAUAUAUGAUGGAUACCUUGAUGCUUGAGGAGAAGCAAAGCUUUAUCGAGAGUAGUCCUACUAGAGUCUUUGACAUUGAUCCUAAUACUCAACAGGUUCUCCUCUUGCUACAUCAUUAUAUUAUCAAACUAGGUUACGGGCUGUUAAAGAAAUUCUAUUUCAACUACACAAAAAAAUCAGGGACAUUAGUGAGGCAAACCUUAAGUGGAUCAUCAAGAGGAGAUUUAGAUGAUGGUGAACUUGAAGGAGAUACUGAAACCACUGAAAACAUGGAUCCGACUGAUGCAAAGCAUGCAAUGAGAAUGCGGUCAAAUAGAGAAUCAGCUAGGCGCUCUAGAAGAAAACAAGCACAUAUGAAUGAACUUGAAGAACAUGAUCAAAAGCUUGAAGAACCAGUUGAUGUGUAUAAGCUGCUAGGGAAAUCUGUGAAUUCCAAAAAGUAG